GGUCAUAAGCUGCCCUGUAUAUGUGGGCAAACAUAUAUGUAUUUGUGGAAGUAAGUUUGAUAACAGGGUUCAAAUUGGUCACCGGGGGCAUCUGUAUAGACUAAUAAACACCAAUAGGUUUUUAUUGCUUUUUAUCAAUAGAUGGUAGAAUUAGAUAGUGCUCUAGGCAUCAGUGCCUUUUAAUUUUCACCUGUUUUCCUGCUACUUGGUCCUUGCCCUCUGCAAGCCUUCCCAGCUGGCUUCUGUUCACUCCGUCUAAAGUGUUAGUCCAUUCUCUGGGUUUGCACAGGGUUUAUCGGCACGUCCAGAAGCUUGCUAUCUUGCCAGUGGUUCCUAAUAAAAAACAACAGCCCCACCCCCAACUUGAGCACACAUAUUUAAUAAAGUACUGCUACAGAAGUAAUGUAGGAAAGCUCUUUUAUUAACAUUUGCAGAGCAAAAAUGAAGAGAAGGACAGAACCUGAAUUUAGCAGCCCCCAAAAGAAGCAGAAGAAGAGGAUAGAAGACUUGGGAUUAACCCUCAGUUCUACUUCAGAUGAUGAAACUCAGUUUAGUAAUCAUACUACUCAAGAGUCUUCCAGUAGCAGCAGUGGGUCUGACAGUGAGAGCGAUGAAAAAAGACCAGUCUUCAGCAAUGAGUUCAAGCAAGACUCUCUUGUGGAGGGUACUUCAUCUCGCUACUCAAUGUAUAACAGUGUCUCCCAAAAGCUCAUGGCCAAGAUGGGCUUCCGUGAAGGAGAAGGUCUGGGAAAAUACGGCCAAGGCAGGAAGGAUAUUGUUGAGGCCUCUAAUCAGAAGGGAAGGAGAGGCUUUGGUCUGACACUCAAAGGAUUUGAUGGGGAGCUCAAUAUUGAUUGGCAGGAUGAGCCAGAGCCCAGUGCCUAUGAGGAGGUGGACUGGUGCCUUGAGUGUACCACAGAGAUCCCUGAUGCCCAGGAGCUGAAGGAGUGGAUGACUGUGGGAAAGAGGAAGAUGGUGAUUGAAGAUGAGACAGAGUUCUGUAAUGAAGAGCUCUUACGUAAUGUCCUGCAGUGCAAGAGUGUAUUUGAUGAGCUGGAUGGAGAAGAAAUGCGUCGAGCCCGAACAAGGUCUAACCCCUAUGAGAUGAUCCGUGGAGUUUUCUUCCUGAACAGGGCUGCAAUGAAGAUGGCAAAUAUGGACCAUGUAUUUGACUACAUGUUUACAAACCCUAAGGACUUCCAUGGGAGGCCUUUAAUAAAGGAGCAAGGUGCAGAGCUGCUCUACUUUGCUGAUGUCUGUGCUGGUCCCGGGGGCUUCUCUGAGUACGUCUUGUGGAGGCGGAAGUGGCAUGCGAAAGGCUUUGGCAUGACCUUGAAAGGACCAAAUGAUUUUAAACUAGAGGACUUCUACUCUGCUUCCAGUGAGCUCUUUGAGCCUUAUUAUGGAGAGGGAGGGAUUGAUGGAGAUGGAGACAUCACUCGCCCAGAGAACAUUACUGCUUUCCAGAAUUUUGUUUUGGACAAUACUGAUCACAAGGGAGUGCAUUUCUUAAUGGCUGAUGGGGGUUUCUCAGUGGAGGGUCAAGAGAAUCUGCAAGAAAUCCUAAGCAAACAACUCAUGCUUUGCCAGUUCCUUACAGCGCUGUCCAUUGUCCGGACAGGAGGACAUUUUGUCUGCAAAACCUUUGACCUGUUUACUCCCUUCAGCGUGGGACUUGUUUACCUGCUGUAUUGUUGCUUUGAGCGAGUGUGCAUAUUUAAACCUGUGACAAGCCGCCCUGCUAACUCAGAGAGGUACGUGAUAUGCAAAGGGUUAAAGCUAGGGAUUGAUGAUGUGCGGGACUAUCUCUUCAUGGUGAACAUCAGACUCAACCAGCUGCGCAACUCUGACUUGGAUGUGAAUCUUGUUGUCCCAUUGAACGUGAUCAAAGGCGACCAGGACUUCUACGAUUACAUUAUUCGGUCCAAUGAAAACCACUGCAAAGUUCAGAUAAAGGCACUGGCCAAAAUUCGUGCUUUUGUUCAGGACACGACACUGAUUGAGCCACGGCAGGCUGAAAUCAGAAAGGAGUGUCUCCAGCUAUGGGGGAUUCCUGAUCAGGCCCGUGUUGCUCCUUCAUCAUCAGAUCCCAAGUCCAAGUUCUUUGAACUGAUCCAGGGCACGGAUAUUGAUACGUUCAGUUACAAACCCACUCCUCUGAAUUCCACUACACUGGAGAAAAUUCGCCAAGUGUUAGAUUACCGGUGUAUGGUAUCUGGAAGUGAGCAGAAGUUCCUCUUGGGGCUAGGGAAAUCGCAGAUCUACACCUGGGAUGGCCGCCAGUCAGAUCGCUGGACAAAGCUGGAUUUAAAAACUGAGCUGCCACGGGAUACCCUUCUCUCUGUGGAGAUUGUUCAUGAGCUGAAAGGAGAGGGGAAAGCCCAGCGAAAAAUCAGUGCCAUCCACAUCCUCGAUGUCUUGGUGCUGAAUGGCAAUGAUGUUCGAAAGCAGCAUUUCAACCAGAGGAUUCAGCUGGCGGAAAAGUUUGUCAAAGCUGUUUCUAAACCUAGCCGGCCAGAUAUGAACCCCAUCCGAGUGAAGGAAGUAUACAGACUGGAGGAAAUGGAGAAAAUUUUUGUGAGGUUAGAGAUGAAAAUCAUCAAGAGUUCAGGAGGAGUACCCCGGCUAUCCUACACUGGCAGAGAUGACCGACAUUUUGUGCCCACAGGGCUCUACAUCGUGCGGACUGUUAAUGAUCCCUGGACAAUGGCAUACAGCAAAAACUCCAAGAGGAAAUUCUUCUUCAACAAAAUGACUAAGGAAGCAACAUACAUCCUCCCUUCUGAAUCCAUCGCACCCUUUCACGUCUGCCAUUACAGCCGCCUCUUCUGGAAGUGGGGGGAAGGUGUUAAAGUACACGACUCUCAGAAAAGGCAAGAUCCAGAGAAGCUAUCAAAGGAGGAUGUCCUGUCUUUCAUCCAAGCGUACUACCCCUAACCCUGCUCUCUGGAGGGGUGCAGCAGGGCUGAGCCCAGCUUGGAUUCUUCAGGGACUAAUAAGACUGGGGAGGCACCGCAACUUCUACCCUGGUCUUCUCCAGAGCCAAUUUCCUGGAGGUGAUUGAACCAGGGGGUGGUAUGCAGAAGGCAAAGGACAAGGCUCUACCCUGGCAGUGUAUAUAAGAGUACAGCCCAGGUGGCACCUGCUGCUGGAGUACCCAUGGUGACUCCUGGAGCCAAAGCCUAAUGCCCUUUUGUCCUGACCUACUGCAUGCAUGAGGCCAAGGGGCUGGCAGCUUUCUUUGCUCCUGUUCAAACAUUCAGCGAGGUUUGUGGAGCUCUGUGUUUGCCAGAAUUCUCCAGGCUUGUGCUUCCUUGGCCAUGGGGGAAGGAGCAGAGAUGUCUUGGUGGCAGAGCUGGGCAACAGCACACUGAAGUGGCCCUGCGUCGUUCCUGGCAGCUGUCUGUCUCCUUGGCCUUGUCAAAGGCCUACACUACCCAGUGGAGGGUGUUAGCUCAUUGAGGAAUGCUAGCUUUGGGAUGCAAGUAUGUAUUCUUGUUGGUGUCUCCCAACACCUCGGCUUAUCAAGGCACUUGGCUGGCCUGGUAGUUCCUAUGUGAUGGUACCCUGCUGGAUAAAGGCCAACCCAGGUGAUGAGUAGAGUUCCUGGUACAGAGUUGAUACGCUCAGUGCCAGGGCUUUGUCUCAGACUUCUAGAAGCUGCUGUGACAUGGAUUUCCGCUCUCCAGGUCAGUGACAGACCCUGAGCUGGAAGCCUGAGGUUAAUUUGUGAACAUGUCUAUGCCUCAUGAUGCGUCUGAGACCAAGGUGCUUCGGUUCUUGGUACUCGAAACUAUUACCCAAAUCUUCUGAAAGGAAAGUGGAUGUGGGAGGGAAAGACACAGGAAGGCUGGGAUGCUGGAUAUCUUUGGAGGAAUGAUGGGAAUGUCUGACAAAAAAAAAAAAAAAAAAAAAAAAAAAACACCCCAAAAAAACCAAAAACCCAACCAAAACCCAACACAUCAGGGCUUUAGUGAAAAGAGAUCUUGACUUUGACCGUGUUGGUUAAUCAGAAGAAAUCCUGCCCCCUGAUUGCCCACUGGAAACUUUUUACAUGUCAGAGUGGGCUUUAAACCCCUCCAUGUUUCAUUUGGCCCUGGAACUGCAUCUGGGGUGAAGGCGCAGAGCUGUGAAACUCUUAGCAUGGUGUUUGUGUGUCAGCAGACUUCUCCAUGCACUUCUGUGCUGGGCUCAAAGUUGUCUUCUGUUGCAUGUUUUACCUUCACUUCUGGCUUCCAUGGCACUCUUGCCAGGUCUUCCACAUAAAUCAGAAGAUCACACACACAGUUGACAGCUUUUGGCCAAGCAACAAAAUCGCCCCAUUUGUUACGUUUUGUUCUUGGCUUGUUUUUAAACACAGGCUGGUAGUAGGGAGGAAAGUGAUUUAGGGGUUGUCUGAACUGUGCCUUAAAGAAAGCUAUAGUUCUGCUAGAAUCUAUAGCCAUUGUGCAGAUUCUUGUUUAAUUCUCUCCACACCCAUAUGUAUGAUUUGAACAAGCUUUAUGUAGCAAGACAUGGUUAUUUUGACUUGUAGGUAUACAGGUGCAUGGGUGCUGUAUGGCCUACCCAAAGAAUUAAGAACAAGGAUGGCAUGUUGUUGAAGUCCCACCUCUGCCCUCCAAGGCCCAGCAUCAUGCGUAGGUUUAGUGGUCACUCUCAGCACGCAGCUGAGUAUCAUCCUACAAGCAGGCUCUGCUCUCUGAGCCUGGAGCACUUCCAUGUCUUCACAAGCAAAUUGUCUCCAUAUAACCAUGUAUUAAUUCUCUGCAGUUUGGUAUAAAUGAACUUAACAGCUGCAGCUCCUUGCACCAGAGAAAGUUACAUGCAGGCUUGAUCACUGUGGAACACAACCCUGGCUAAAGGAGCAGCACAGAAGUUGGCACGAUCUGUAGGUUAAUGGAAACUGGAGGAGGCAAAGCUUGGGAGUGGAUGGGAGGUUAGCUUACGAAUAGAUCGCCCUGCAUAUAGUGCAGGGGAGCUGUUGUUUCUUCUCAAGCUCUGGCUAAAAGUGAAGUGGGUCAAAGCUGCUUUUUCCACGUUGGUGACUGUUAGCUCCCAGAGGUCUGCAAAAGCAGCUUAGAGACGGCGUGCUGUUAGUGCAUCCUCUUGCUCACCUGCAGCCCCCUCUCUGCUCUCAAGCAUUGGUAAAAUGAACGAAAGAAAGGAUGGCCCUUCCUUCCCCGAAGAACAGGCCUGUCACUGGCAGUUUUGUUUUGGUAAAGGCACUUUUGUAACGGAUGAGGCGCAAUCCCUCCCACUGGGCAAUGAAGACCCUCCAACUGUGUGGUUUCCAGGCCUGUGUGCAGUUGGCUUUUUAAACCAACCAGUAAUUUGAGUUCUGGUGCUUCUUUGGACUACCAUACAGCUAUUCCAAUGCCAGCAAAGCAUGCUGCUCCCUUUGCCAGGAUCCUUUGCUAAGUGUUGUCCUCCACUUGGGGCCGUGGUCUCUUGCAGGCUGGCAGACAGAAGGGUGGCUAGGAAUACAUUAGGGUCUAGAGUACAGGCCUCUGAGGGUACAAAAAAGCCUGGCUGUUAGCCUGCAGGCUAGCUUUUAUGGACAGAUAUGUUCUGUUGACCUAGUUGCCUCCAGCUCCUCCUGAUAUUAAUUUGUUUUUUAAUUUUAUUUUUGAUGCACUGAACCUGGAUUCCCCCUUCAAGAAGGCAAGCAUGAGCCACCAUGCUACUUGCUUCUGUGUUGCAGGGUAAAUAUAGAGGGAUUAUGUGGGGAAGGGGGGGUGAGAAAGGUCUUGCCGAAGGGAAUGUUUAUGUACAUUAAUUGCACAAUGUAUUGUUAUUAGGCUGUGUAUCAUUUUGCGUUGACAUCUCUGCUUUCAUUGUCUCUAUUACCAAUACAGCCCCUUUAGUUCACAA